AUUUGUAUUGGACUUGGUGGUAAUUUAAAAUUCUCUGAAGGUCGAACAACCGCGCCUGUUGUGAACCCGUUGUGCCACAAACACUCAAGUGCCUUUCCAGUAAAUUCCUACCGUCAAAAUAAAUAUUUUGGAAAAUUAUGCUCUGUCAAACUAAUACAAAGACGCAAAACUGAGGUUGAUUAUGGAUCUGAGGCUACAGAAAUUGAAAAUCGUUUCACUCAGGUUGUUAUAGAUUUUGACCGUCUGGAUGACUACAAGGAAGUGUUUCAAGGUACUGACAUUGGAUUCUGUGCACUUGGAACAACAUUGAAAAAAUCAGGAAAGGAGAAGAUGAGAGUAAUUGAUCAUGACUAUGUGAUACGUAUUGCCGAAUUGAGCUCUGCUGCUGGUUGUAAAGAAUUUCAUCUUGUCACUUCUAAA